UGGAUUUACCAGGUAGACGUAAAAAUCAGAGGAUUCCAGAAAAUGGCCUCCUCAGACGAACCCUUGCCAAAAUUCCAUGAAAGGGUUGGAUCUCUUGUCCAACUGAGUAAUGAGAACAGGACAGCACAGAGAAACCAUCCCGCCCAAGAGUUCAAUAAUGGUGUCGCUAUUAGCAGAGACCCAUUAAAGGAAGACCAAUUAUUUGAAGUCAAAAUAGACAAAAAGGUUAAUUCAUGGAGUGGAUCUAUAGAGAUUGGAGUGACUACUUGUGAUCCAAAUAACCUGAAUUUUCCUAUCAGUGCAACAGGUUUCAGAGAGGGAACAUGGGUAAUGUCUGGUAGUUCUAUACUGAAGGAUGGACAUUCUAUAACAGAGGAGUAUGGCGCAGAUUUAGACCAGUUAUCAGAGGGGGACACAGUUGGUGUAAUGGUGAACUGGAAGAGAGAGUUACGGUUCUUUGUGAAUGGAGUUGAUCAAGGAACAGCUGCAUCAGACAUAAAUUCUAAAGUUUAUGCUGUUGUUGACAUGUAUGGAAAAUGUGCCCAGGUUUCUAUAAUUAGACCUGGCUCUGUACAUAGAACAGAUAACAAUAUCACCUCUAAUGAUGUUGCCAGUCAGAUAGCCAAUGAAUUUCUGACACAAUUAUCCAAUCAGAUUGUCAAUGAUUUAACCAGAAGUGCAGACAUUUUAUCAACAUCCAAUACUUCCAAUGCCGAAGCUUCACCUUCAAAUGAUAUGUUAACAUUCCAUCAAAAGUGUGGCAGUCUUAUUAAAUUAACCAAUGAAAUGAGAACAGCAGAGAGAAAGCGCCCCCUGGAUGAGUUCAAUAAUGGAGUUGUGAUGACAAAUAGACCUUUGAAAAAUGAUGAAAUGUUUGAAAUUCGUUUGGAUAUUUUAGUAGAUAAAUGGUCAGGGUCUAUAGAGGUUGGAAUUACAACACAUAAUCCUGGUACUUUGGACAUUCCAGCAACUAUGACAAAUAUGAGAUCUGGUACCAUAAUGAUGAGUGGUUGUGGAAUUCUAACCAAUGGGAAAGGUACAAGAAGAGAGUAUGGACAAUAUAACUUAGAUGAAUUGGCUGAGGGAGAUAGAAUCGGUUUGAUGAGGAAAUCUAAUGGUCAGUUACAUUAUUACAUCAAUGGUCAGGACCAAGGUGUGGCCUCUAACGAGACCCCACAGACUAUAUGGGGUGUGGUGGACCUCUAUGGGAUGGCUGUCAAAGUAACCAUUCUGGAUAGAAAUGAUCCUAACUACCCUAACAACAUACAAAACACAGUUACAAGAAAUAAUGUUUUCCGACAUUUUCCUGAUCUGUAUGAUGAAGAAGCGUUGGAAGUUACUAAUAUUGAUGAAGAAGAAUCUGACAGGUUAUUGUUUCAUACAUCAUGUGGGUCACAUGCUACUGUUAUGAGUGGACAAAGAACAGCUCUCAGACCUAAUGCAAUGGAUGAUUUUAACAAUGGUGUUGUACUAACGACUAGAACACUGAAACCAGAUGAACUAUUUGAGGUCCGACUUGAUAAAAUGAUAGACAAGUGGGCAGGGUCAGUAGAGAUAGGGGUGACAUUACAUUGUGCCGAGGAGCUGGAGUUCCCUUCAACAAUGACAAACAUCAGAUCUGGGACAUGGAUGAUGACAGGGAAUGGAGUGAUGCAUAAUGGAACAACAGUUAUUGAUGAAUAUGGACAGAACCUUGAUCGCUUAAAGGCAGGAGAUAGAGUAGGUGUAAGAAGGCGAGCUGAUGGGACUUUGAAUUUCUAUGUUAAUGGUAUAGACCAGGGUCAAGCUGCCACUAAUGUUCCAGAGAAUGUGUUUGGUGUGGUAGAUUUGUAUGGACAAGCUGCACAGGCCACAAUUAUAGAUAGAUAUGAUAGUCUUAGCUCUCCAGAUGCAGAAUCUAGUAGUAUGGUUGAGACAGAAGAAUUAAGGUUUCAUCUUGUCCAUGGACAGAAUGCUGUAAUUGUCAACAAUGGUAGAACUGCUACACGUCCUAAUGCCACGGGAGAAUUUAAUGAUGCCAUCAUCAUGAGUAACAGACCAUUAAAAGAUAACGAACUGUUUGAAAUCAUUAUUGAGAAAAUGGUGGAUCGUUGGUCUGGGUCUAUUGAGGCUGGAGUAACAGCCAUCAAGCCAGAAGAUUUAGAAUUUCCUAACACCAUGACAGAUAUAGAUUAUGAUACCUGGAUGUUAAGUGGAUCUGCCAUCAUGCAGGAUGGUACUACUAUAAGAAAUGGUUAUCCUUUAGAUUUAGAUUUAGUAACUGUAGGGUGUCGUCUGGGGAUGAUGAGAUGUUCUGACGGGACGCUACACUUUUAUUAUAAUGGUAGAGACCAGGGAGUGGCUUGUUCAGAUAUUUCUACAAAUGUAUUUGCAGUGAUAGAUUUAUAUGGACAGUGUAGCCAAGUAUCUAUUACAAGUGGUUCUGGAGUCCUUCCUACAGAUAAUAAUUUAUUACAAAAUAGUACAGAUCUGUCAAUAGUAUCACCAUCAGAUGUCACACACAAGUUUAGCCAGUGCUGUGGGAAGAAUAUUUCUAUCAAAAAUAAUGGUUCUUCUGCAUGUAGAACGAGAAAUUUUAACCAUGGACUAGUAUUUAGUUCUGAUCCACUCAAAAGAGAUGAACUUUUUGAGAUUAGAAUAGAAACACUAUCCAAAGUUUGGUCUGGAUCAUUACACAUUGGACUGACCAGUUCAGCUAUAUCAGACUCUACUCCACAAUCCUUAGUCCCCACCAGAGCUACAGAACUAGUCUCUAAACCAACAUGGGUUGUUCUGGGCUCAGAGGUCAAGAAAUGUGGCUCACUUAUUAAGGAAAAUUAUACUCCAUCUUUAUAUAGAUUAGAGAUAGGAAACAGAGUUGGUGUGAAGAGAUGUGCUGAUGGCACCAUGCAUGUAUAUAUCAAUGGAGAAGAUAUGGGCGUUGCUGCUUCUAACAUUCCUAAGAAUGUGUUUGCUGUGAUAGAUUUAUAUGGAUCUGUUGAAUCAAUAUCUGUUAUCAGUAAUUCAGGAGGAGAUAAUCCAAUGCUUGCUAGUCAGGUGUCAACAGUGUCAGAACUUGUAGAGAUUGACAAAGAUCAAGAUCAGGAUACAUCCAAUAAUGUGAGUUUCAAUGGUAACCAUGGAAAGAAUAUAAUUCUGUCAGCGGGUAACUGUACGGCACAGAGAGCGGGUAGUUAUAAUCAAGCUGUUAUCGUUACUAGUUGUCGUCUCAAGAGAAAUAAAUUAUUCCAGAUAAAAGUAGAUAAAUUAAAUACCUGUUGGAGUUGCUCACUAGUUGUUGGUGUAUUGGGUUUUACACCUGACAGAUUUAACUUUCCAGUAUCAGCCAUUGGUAUUAAAAAGUCAUGUAUUGUAGUACAAGGUGAUUCAGUCUACAGUUGUGGUCUUAAGGUGAAAGGAAAGUAUGGACCAAAUCUAGACCAGUUAAAAAUAGGCCAAACUGUAGGCUUAUUAAUAGAUAAUGAUUUCUGUUUGCACCUUUAUAUAGAUAAUAUGGACCAAGGUGUAGCAGCCAGGGACAUUCCCUAUCCAUGUUAUGGAAUAAUAGAUCUCUAUGGUCAAUGUGAACAGGUUUCUGUCGUACCAACAGAACGUGUAUCACCCGUCCCUAUGUGUAUUGCAGAGGACAGAGAAAAAGCUGAUUUUGAUGAAGUGGUAAAGGAGAAGUCAGGGAGAAUAAACAUUGUAGAACCAAACUUAGUACGGAACUGUGAAUACCAAAAUAUUUGUUCUAGGAUAAAAAUACUGUUAGGAGUUCCUGAUGGAUAUUUUGACACCUCCAUGAACAUUUGUUACUGUGAUGUCUGCCACAAACUUAGAUCUGAUGAAAUGUAUCAUUGUAAAGGAGAUCCACCAAAAGAAUUUGCUCUUCCUUCCUCAUGGUGUAAAUUCUCUUUCAAAUUACCGAACAAAGCUCACACAUUAAAUGUUCAGGACAAAUGGCACUCAGCUUAUUACGGAACACGGAUGGACUUGUUACGGAGAAUUGUGGAUACUGGGGAUUUACAUGUGUCAGGAAGUGAGAGUGGAUCAUGCAGUAUUUUAACAUCAUCUAUAACAAAAUACACAGAGAAAUCACGACCAGAAACUUGCGGUCUCAAACCAGUGUACUUAUCUCCGACUAUUAAAUAUGCUGGAUGUAAUGAAUUCAGUCCUAAAUAUAAAUUAACAGAUCCAAAGACCAAAAAGACCUACUGUGUUAGAAUAGGACUACAGGUGUGGUUAAAACCAGGCUCCUAUAAAGUUGGACCUCAGUCUUUAGGCUUUGAUGAACAAAUAGACCCGAAAUUUAAAAACAAUGAACUAGAAUGGUCAACAAAAGAACGGGGGUCAAUUAUGUUACAGUCAUUGUUAAUUAAGAUUGAAUAAAAAUGUUUUUAUAGUAUCAAAAGUAAAAGGUCCAUCAUGUAAAUUCCAUUUUAAAUUCAUCAUGAAGACUGAUCCUUUUAAUGUUAAGUUCAUCAUGUAAUUAUCAAUAAAAAAACGUCCAUCAUUAAAGAGUCAUCUGGUCCUUCAAAAAACAGUCCCAUCAUCAAAAUCAUUGUAAAUCAAAUGUGUUAUGAAGAAUGUUCCUUAAAAAAACAGGUCAAUCAUAACACAGGUGUUGUUAAUCAAAUGUUAUGAUAUCUUUAAAAGAAUUUAUCUAAGUCAUUAUCUGAUUGAAUGUGGAGUUCAGAAAAAUUGGAACAGUAUUUUAAUUUGAGUUGAAAGAAGAUUGACUUGGUGGCAUCAUGUUUCCUCAUAUGUGCCUCAUUUUGACCACCCUUCCUGUAUCACAUUAAACUUUAGGGUAGUUUAUAUUACCAGAGGUUUGUGGUCAAAUCAACUUGAAUCAUAGUCUAUAUGCUUUUUAACUUUUUAACAUUUAUGCCAAAUAAGAGUCCAAAUGACACAGAAGUUAACAACUAUAGGUCAACGUAUUGCCUUUAACAAUGAACAAAAUUUAGACCACAUAUAAAAAAGAAGAUGUGGUAUGAUUGCCAAUGAGACAACUAUCCACAAAAGACCAAAAUGACACAAACAUUAACAACUAUAGGUCAGUCCACUAUAAAAGGCCUUAAAUGACAAAUGACAAACAAUUCAAAUGAGAAAGGUAACGGUCUGAUUUUAAUGUGAACUCCAAAAUAAUUCCAAGUCAUGUGAUAGAACAAAAAAUGACAAAGGUAGAUAACUCUAAAAUAAUUCCAAAUCAUGUGAUAGAAGCAGAAAAUGACAAAGGUAAAUAAUUCCUGGAUAAUUUCAACAGAUAUGUUAAUGUCCUCAACCGAACUUGACUAAAUAUUUCUUAGAUUCCAUGAAAUACACUAAAAAAAUCUAAACAAUCUAAGUUACAAGCAAUUUUCCAAUGUAUAGACAUUUCAGAUAAAAUUAGGUUACCAAAACCACACUGAGGACUUUACUGAAACCACUUAUCAGUUUUAUGUUUUGAGUUUUAAACCAACACAUUAUCUUUUGUAUUAUGUUGGUUCAAAACUACAUCUGUAGCUUUCAAACAUUUAAGGAGGCUUGUCAUUUUCAAUAAUGGCUUUUUAGGCAAAUUUACUAUAAUUUAUUUCCUAUUGUUAUAAUUGUUUGUGUAAAUUAUAUGUUGCUUAAAGAUUAAAUGUGAAAACAAG